AUGCCCCUAAUGAGAAUCAGGAGUGUGGAAAUAGUCUUCGAAGAUGAAAUGUCCACUUGCACCGACACAGGCCUCCUCGACCGGAGCAUCGAACUCAUACAAUCUGAUAGCGACGAUUCAACUCAAUGUGUCGAUGAUCUCCAUUUACAGGAGAGAGAGGAUUCUGUGACCCUGAACGCUGAUGUCGAAUUGUCUGAUGAUUCAUUCUCUCAGGAUGCGCAAAUCUAUAUCCCUAAAAUACCAAUCAUACAGAUAUCUAACGACGCACACGAUCAAAUUGAUUCCUUGACUAUAAUCAAGGAUGACGUCACACUUUCAUUGAACGUCUCAGAAUUAGGGGAUUCGGGUCGAUUCACAGAGGAGGCGUGUUCAUCGCAUGUCGACAAGCCGCUUAUUACAUACGACGCCUUACUAUCGAGGUCCUUCGAUUCAGUUAACACUGAGAGAAUGUUGAGUAUGUGUGAGAUAUCUGAUGUUAGCGAUGAUAAGAGUAAGCUAUACGAAUACAUUGAUAGCAACAGCGAUAGCUCCGACACCGCCAUCUGUGACGAGGAACACCCGGGGCCCAAACAUGUAUCACUCGACACUAAUUCUGAGGACACUAGUCUGUGUGAGAGUUAUGACCUGCAAUACGACUCGUUCGUUGACAUUGGAAAGUUUUAA